GCACACUUUCCCAACCAGGCCACGCCGCUCUCGCGUCCAAAACCCAGAGUUCACGGCGAUUUCUCCUCUCCUCUCGCCGGCGGCGCCGAUGCCCCGCAUGGCUCACCUCCCGCUGUUGCCGGCUCUAGUGCUGGCGAUCACCUCCGCGUUGGCUCCGCUCACCGUCGCUGACCCGCAGGCUCUGAUGCUCAACAAAGGGUGCAGCAUGUACAACGCCACGCCCACGGCCACCUUCCUCUCCGCCCUCAACUCCACCUUCGCCGAGCUCCGCGCCAACCUCUCCGCCGGCGGCGGCUUCGCCACCGUGGUUCAGCCGCGCAUCGUCGCGCCGACGUUCGCGGUGGCGCAGUGCCGCCCAUACGUCGUCGGGAGAGACUGCGUCGCCUGCUUCGACGCCGCCGCGGCGCGCGUCCGCGCCUACUGCGGCGCCGUCACCGGCGGGCGCGCCAUCCUCGACGGCUGCGUCGUACGGUACGAGAGCCUGGCUUUCUUCGAUCAGGCCACGCUCCCCGGCAACACGGAGCUCUGCAACGGCUCCACCGUGGCCGGCGGCGUUUUCAACGGCGCGGUGCAAGCGCUGGUCCGCGACCUCACGACCGCCGUGCCUCGAUUCCCGCGGCUCGUCGCGAUGGCCGCGCGCACCGGGGUGUACGCCAUGGCGCAGUGCGUGGAGACGGUCGGGAUGGACGGCUGCGCGCAGUGCCUGGAGGUAGCUUCGAGAAACAUUGGCCGGUGCCCGCCCAAAUCCGACGGCCGCGCAGUGGACGCGGGGUGCUUCAUGAGGUACUCUGAUAAGCCGUUCUUCCCGGCUAAUUUGACCGAAGACCUGGCGCCCUACUUGCCCUCUGGAGGAAAAUCAAGAGUGAAGGGAGCCACUAUAGGAGGAAUUUUUGGAGGUCUAGCCUUCCUGUUGCUUCUAGGGUUAUCAGCAUUGUUAUGGAUUAGGCGGUCUAAGAAGCUAAAGAAACCUCACAGGGGUGAUAUUCUUGGAGCAACGGAAUUGCAAGGCCCAACAAGUUUUUACUAUCGUGAUCUUAAGGCUGCAACAAAUAAUUUCAGUGAGAAAAGUAAAAUUGGAGAAGGAGGUUUUGGAGAUGUCUUUAAGGGUUUGCUGAAAAAUGGGAAAAUUGUGGCAGUAAAAAGGUUGUCAGUAAUGCAAACUAGCAGGGCCAAAGAAGAUUUUGAAAGUGAGGUGAAGCUGAUUAGCAAUGUUCAACAUCGAAAUCUUGUUCGUCUUCUUGGUUGUUCCAGCAAGGGUUCUGAAUGCCUCCUGGUUUAUGAAUAUAUGGCCAAUAGUAGUCUUGACAAGUUACUAUUCGGUGAGAGACGUGGAACACUUAACUGGAAGCAGCGAUUUAAUAUCAUGGUUGGCAUGGCUCGUGGCCUUGCGUAUCUUCAUCAAGAGUUCCAUGUGUGUAUCAUACACCGUGACAUUAAAUCUAGCAAUGUUCUCCUUGAUGAUGAAUUCCAGCCUAAGAUUGCUGAUUUUGGUUUGGCAAGGCUCCUACCUAAUGAUCAUAGUCAUGUCAGCACUAGAUUUGCAGGAACAUUGGGCUACACUGCUCCCGAGUAUGCAAUCCAAGGCCAGCUAUCGGAGAAGGUUGACACAUACAGCUUUGGUAUAGUUAUUUUGGAAAUAAUAAGUGGUCGGAAAAUCAAUGAUACAAGGCUUGAACCUGAAGCACAAUACCUACUUGAAUCGGCAUGGAAGCUAUAUGAAAAUGAGAACGUGAUUAAGUUGGUGGAUGAAUCAUUAGAUCUUGAAGAAUAUAUGUUAGAAGAGGUAAAAAGAAUAAUAGAGAUAGCGUUUCUCUGCACUCAAUCGGCCGCUACUUCAAGGCCAACGAUGUCAGAGGUAGUUGUGUUGUUGUUAUCAAGAAAUUCUCCAGAGAUACAACCCACAAGGCCCACCUUUAUUGAUUCAACAAGUAGAGUGCGAGGUGAAACAUCUGUGUCCAGUUCAUCCUCUGCAUCCAAGGCCACCAUCUCGAUGUCACAGUUAUCAGCCAGGUAAAAGGAUUUGUAUUGUAUACGAAUGCACUUUUCUCAUGUGACAGUGAAUGAUAUGUAACUACAAUUAUGUAUCUAUAUCUUAUAUAUCAA